CGCGUUGAGAAUGUGAUGAAAUAUAGAUGUGGGAUAGAGAAGGACCAUUAGUUUCCCGCUGGGACCAGAUCUGUCUCUGUGUGUGUGCGUGAGUUUGUGCGUGUGUGUGUUUGUGCGUGCGUGCGUGCAUACAUAAACGCGCGCACACACACACAAAGGUGACUGACAGUGGUCAGUGUUUAUGAUGAUGAUUUUUGGUCGCUAUGCUUAAUCAUAAUGACAUCGUUCCCUCUUCUCUCACUCUCCACGGUCUGGCAAGCUGAGAGGCGCAGCUGCUGUGUGUGUGUGUGUGUGUGUGAGAGUGAGGGAGGGAGGGUGAGGGAUCGGGAGACAGAAAAGGAGGAAGGAUUUUUAUCACCGACACUCUCUACCCCUGUGGUCGACAACAGUUCUCUACCGGCGAUUGGAGGAGCCAGAUAGACCCGUCGGGCGACUGGUAACCUUGGAGGCACGCCAAACCACCCACGAGGAGGGAAGCGGGUGGAAGGAUGCCUCUUUCCCUGAUCUGACAGAAGACAUUUGUUCGGUGAAUGAGCGGAGGGCACCGUAUUGACGCAAUACAGCAGGUGAGUAACCAUGGAAUCCACUCACCUCCUGGACGGCUCCAAGAAGCGGGUGAAGAUCCACCCUCACACUGUCACCGCCAAGUAUGCCCCACACACACCCCACACACACACACACUUCCCCCAGCCCGGAGACGAGGGCUACGAUGACGCUCCCUCCUUCGAGGACUUUGGCUCCUUCCUGGAGGAGACCUCGGACAAGAAACAGCUGACAGGAACCAGGAAGUGGACAGGAAAGGCCGGCGCUCUGUUUGGAGGGAAGGACAAAAACAAAGACACACCCCCUAGACCUCCCAUGGGGGGAGGCGAGGGGGGGGUGGAGGGAGGAGGGAAGGGUGCAGGAGGGGGAGUAGGGGAGCAGCUAGCGAGUUUCAGUGAGGCGUCUGUCUCUGCGUCUCGGCUCACGUGGGCCAGUGUGGUCUUGGCGGGGCUGGCUCACGGCUGUGUGUGUGUUCUGACGCGCCUGGCCGCCUCACGCUUUAACCUCCCACCCUUAACUCUCCUCUUGGUACGAUCCAUCCUCCAGCUGCUCUAUGGGACUGUACCAAUGAAACGGGCGGAGACGGCCUUUGGCUCAAAGGGCUAUCGGCGGAAGCUGCUCCUGUACGGUCUGACUCACUCCUUCUCCCUCUGCUGCGCUUACUCGUCCUUAUCCUUCGUCUCCCUCGGCGACGACGAGGCCAUGUUGACAACCUGGCGCCUGGCGACCACCGUCCUGUCGGCCACUCUGGCGUUGUUGCUCCUGGACGAGCGGCUGGGAUUGGUGGACCUGGUCACCGUAGCAACAGGCGUGUUAGGACUGGGUCUGGCGCUAGUUCCUAACCCAACAGGGCUGGAUGAGAACAACAACGGGACCGGGUCAGGGAUGCCCAAUGUGGCGACACCGGCACAACAGUCGGCCCAGUUCUGGCGGGAAGCGUUUGGUUGGUCCCUGACUGUUCUCGCAGGACUAUGGAUGUCUCUGGCUCUAGUAAUGUACCGCUCUCUGAAGGAACGGGUCAGUGUCGGCACCGCUCUGUUCACUGUCAGUUGGACCGGCUGUCUGAGCACCGCAGUCUCCAUGCUUCUCCUCCAACAGGGGCCAGUGUGGCCGGCCAGUCUCCAGGCUUGGUGCAUCGUCCUGGUGGUAGCUGUGUGCUCUGCUGGGGGGUUCGUGGGGGUGACCCAUGGCCUCACCCGACUUCACCCAGCUUUGGUGUCGGCUACUCAGGGUCUGGAAGUACCGGUCGCUAUGAUGCUGGAGAUCGCUGUUGUGCCAUUGGUUCCCUCAGUGUGUGAGGUUGUAGGGGGUGUGGUGGUGGUGGCAAGCGUGGGUUGGCUUGUUACAGUGAAGCUCCUCCCCUCUCGAGGAAGUGGGAGGAAACAGAGAGAAGAGUACGAAGAGAUCCUGGACUCGCCAAUUAAAUAACACACACACACACACACACACACACACACACACACACACACACACACACACACACACAUACACACACACACACACACAUACACACACACACACAAAAGCACAUGCAAGGAGACAUGCACGCACAAAGAUUCUGGACUUGCCAAUCAAAUAGACCACUCCCCUUCUAUCUAUGUUUCUGUCUAUCUCUCCUUUCCCAGGGGUUUUGUUCUCUCUCUCUCUUUCUGUCUCUCUCUCUCUCUGUCUCUGUCUCUCUGUCACUCUCUCCCUCUCUCUCUCUCUCUCUCUCUCUCUCUCUCUGUCUCUGUCUCUGUCUCUGUCUCUGUCUCUGUCUCUCUCUGUCUCUCUCUCUCUCUCACUCUGUCUCUCUCUCUCUGUCUCUCUCUCUCUCUCUCUCUCUGAGGUCAGUGUGUAUAUAAGAGGACUCUAUGGUGAAUGUUAAUGCUUGAGCUAAAAUAGCUGUCUUUAACCACAGAUCUAGAAUCAGAUACACCAACUCUAAUCCUUACCUUAACCAUUAGGAGGUGUCAAAAUAUCUGACCCUGUAUCAGUGGUUAGGGAAAACAUCUACCUACUCCAAUGUGAAUAGUAAAUGUAUCUAUUUUGUAUUGUAGUUGUUGUAAUUGUUGUGAAGUGCCAAUGCUGUGUUGUCUUACUGGCUAUUGUGAUAGUGUGAUGUCAUAUUAAAACCUCACUGUGUUACUGUGA